CAACAUCAAAAAAAAAUGUAGAGAAUUCAGCCUAUGAUCAAUGGGUAUCCCCCGAGAGUUAUCGUAUGAGGCAAGCAGAAGCUGCUGCCUCAAGUAACACCGGGUCUAUGGGAUUAAACCUCCAACGUAUUCGUGACAUUUCAAAAAAAAACUACAUCUUUUACAAUGAUUAUGAAACUUUGAAUGCUAAUAUCACACCAGAGUAUAACAAAGAUGGUUCAUCCUUCGAAGGUUACAACCCUGACUUAAAUUGGGCUAUUAAAAUGUCUAAGAAAAUAGCUCAAAAACAGAAAAGAAAGAAACAUGAUCGCUCUUGA